GCAUAUAUCCUUAGAAGGACGGGGCUGGAAUUUAACGAUUUCUACUCCAGGGGUCCUGUUUUCAAAGACGAAAUAAGCAACUCUCUCAGACAAAAUUCUCACAAAAAUGUCGAAGAUAGAGGAGGCGAACGCCCACAUACGACAAGCGGAGAAGAGCUUAAAAACAACUCUGCUUAAAUGGAGACCGGAUUUCGAGGUCGCUGCGGAUGCAUAUACGUUAGCAGCCACCUGUUUUCGAAUUGCCAAGGAUUAUCAGCAAUGUAAAGAAUGUUUGAUUAAAGGGGCAGAUUGUUUUAAACAAAAUAAAUCAUGGUUUCAUGCUGCAAAAAAUCUUGAACAACUUUUAUUGAUAUUAAAAGAAAUGGGCCAAUUGUCAGAAGUACCUAAAUUAGCACAUAAUGCUUGUUCGUUGUAUCAACAGCACGGCUCCCCAGAAUCUGGUGCAAAUGUUUUAGAUAAGGCGGCAAAAAUGUUGGAAUCUACAAUGCCGGAACAAGCUUUGGAAUUAUAUCAGCGAGCUGCGGAUGUCGUUAUAGGAGAAGACAGUCCUAGACAAGCGGCUGAAUAUAUGAGUAAAGUGGCAAGAAUUUUGGUUAAAUUAGGUAAAUAUGAUCAGGCAGCCGAUGCAGUUCGUCGAGAAAUCGGAAUGCAUCAACAAAUCAAUCACCAACCAUCGGUAGGAAGAUUAGCAGUCGCUUUAGUGUUAAUACAAUUGGCAAGAUUUGAUCAGGUUGCAGCCGAAAAAGCUUUUAAAGAAUGGGGCAAUUACUGUGAUGCACCAGAGGUACAAACACUAGAAAUGUUACUACAAGCUUAUGAUAACGAAGAUGCGGAUGCAGCAAGAUCAGCACUUAAUAGUCCAUUUAUUAAACACAUGGAUGUAGAAUAUGCAAGACUGGCUCGAGGUCUUCCAUUACCACAACAGGAGUAUGCCGUACCACCGGUAGGUGUACGAGCAAACGCAGCUCCUUCAUAUAUAUCACCUAAUGCUAAUAAAGUCACUGGUCAAGCGACAGUAGAAGCUGAAGUUAAUCAAGAUGAACUAUCUUCAUCGUUAGUUGAAAUAGAGGAAUCCAUGAAAUCUACAGCAAUUGAAUCACAAUUUGAAUCGAAACUUGAAAUUAGUCAACCACCACCUCCUUCAAUAGAAUCAAAAGAAGAAGACGAUAAAGACUAUGAUGGUGGUUUAUGUUGAUCCUACAAAUGUUUUCCUAAUUUGAUUAUAGCUAUAGCAUAUAUAGCUAAAUCAAGUUGACAUACUGUUGUAUAAAUAAAUAA